ACGGAGGGGAAGGAAAGAACGACGGAGAAGAAAUCUACCGAGAUAACAGGCACAGUCUCUCACUCAGUAUCGCCACUGACGACACCAGAAUCGACCAGAGAAAAAACGGACGCAACAGAGAGAUCUAGAGAGAUAUCUAGGCCUCCUUCUGUCUCUCCCUCAGUAUCGCUACUAACAAGGCCAGAAUCGACUAUGAACACUACAGACAGAUCUAGAGAGAUAUCUAGACCUACUUCAAUCUCUCGAUUAGCAUUGUCACGGACGAUACCAGAAUCGAAUGUGAACACAGCAGAAAGAUCUCGAGAAACAAUUACUUCAGUCUCUCCUUCGGUAUCGCUACCAACAAUGCCAGAAUCGACUGUGAACAGAGAAGAAAUAUUUAGGCCACCUUCUAUCUCUCCCUCAGUAUCGCCACUAACAAUGCUAGAGACGACCAGAGAAACGGACAAUAGUAGAGAGAGAUCUAAAAAGACGACUACUUCAAUCUCUCACUUGGUAUCGUUACCAACAAUGCCAGACUCGACUGUGAACACAACAGAAAGAUCUAGAGAAACAAUUACUUCAAUCUCUCCUUCGGUAUCGCUACUAACAACUCCAAAGUGGACUAUGAACACUAUAGAGAGAUCUAGAGAAAUAUUUAGGCCACCUUCUAUCUCUCCCUCGGUAUCGCCACUAACAAUGCAAGAAUUGACUGUGAACACUACAGAAAGAUCUACAACGACGACUAUUUCAAUCUCUCCCUCGGUAUCGCUACUAACAAUGUCAGAAUCGACUGUGAACACAACAGGGCGAUCUAGAGAAAGAAUUGCUUCAAUACCUCCCUCAACAUCCUCACUAACCAAGCAAGAAUCGACUAUGAACACAACAGGGCGAUCUAGAGAAAUAUCUAGGCCACUUUCAGUUUCUCCCUCAGUAUCGCUACUAACAAUGCCAGAAUCGACUAUGAACACUACAGAAAGAUCUAGAGAGAUGUCUAGACCGACUUCAAUCUCUCGAUUAGCAUUGUCACUGACGAUACCAGAAUCGACUAUGAACACUACAGGGCGAUCUAGAGACAGAAUUGCUUCAUUCUUUCCCUCAGUAUCGCCACCAACAAUGCCAGAGUGGAUCAGAGAAACGGACAGUAGUAGAGAGAGGUCUACAGAGACGACUAUUUCAGUCAUUCAAUCAGUAUCGCCACUGACGAUACCUAAAACAACAACGAGAAAGGAAGACAGCAUCGAGCAAUAUGCCUUUGACGAUUACGUAAGUUCAAAGGUUAGCGCAUCUGACACAGAGAGAGACAACAGCACUUCAAGAACGCAGACAGAGACAGAGACAGAG